AUGGCGGCAAGUGAACAGCCCACACCAGUCGAGCGGACAGACGGCUUCGUUAAGAUAGGCGUGAGAGAAGUUAGAACCAUACCUUUGCCGGACGGUGACACCGGAGAAGGACUGGCCCUGCAUACCGACCGAGGCGAAAUCCCCGCAGUCCUGCACCGGGCCCCUGACUCGACGAAGGGCGUCAUCUGGGUCUGCGGCGCAAGAGGUGGAUUUGGCGGCCCGGGCCCGGGCCUGUACGACCAACUGGCCCAGAAGUUAACCGCGCAGGGCAUUUCCUCGCUCAGAAUGGACUACCGCAUGCCCAAUCUUCUUCCCGAAUGCGCCAUGGAUCUCAUGGCCGGCGUCACCUACCUCGAAGACACCGGACAUGGCCCUGUAAUCAUAGUAGGGCACUCCUUCGGGGGAGCGGUAGUAAUCGCGGCAGGAGCAGUGACCAGGCAUGUCGCCGGAGUCGUUUCCCUGUCACCUCAGACCUACGGCGCCAACAUGGCCCGUCUGAUAUCUCCACGGCCGCUGCUGAUUGUCCAUGGCAAGGCUGACACCCGCUUGCCCUACUCAUGCGGCCAGCAGAUUUACGACUGGGCCGACGAACCCAAGCAGCUUGUCCUGUACGAAGGCGCCGAGCACCGCCUGGAAGAGUGCCGGGACGAGUUAGGCGCUCUGCUUACCCAGUGGAUACCGGCGGUUCUUGAUGGAGAGCCGCCCACCCUGUAA